AUGUUGCUGGUGUCUGGUGUCGCAUCCCACACACUUUGUUGCUUAAAUGCUUCAAUGCUCUUGGUCUCGAAGUGGGAACGCAAACGCUCCCACAAAAAAUCCAAGUCCACCAAAACGCUCCUCAUGGAUCUCUUUCCCAACAAUACCAACAUUGAAGGCGCUACCAUUAUCAACGCGUGUUACGGAGGCACCGCCGCCCUGCUCAACGCUUUUUAUGGGUUGUUUUUGACGAAUGGGACGGCCACUACGCCAUCGUCGUCGCCGCCAAUAUUGGUGCCUACGCACGCGGCCCCGCCCGACCCACUAGUGGGGCUGGCGCCGUUCUGGCCAGCACGCGGGAAGGCACACACCAAAGCUUGGCGUAGAAUUGCCUUUGUCCUUACGGGAACUGCUGCCGGUUUGCCCAAAUUAGACAACGAAAGUUCCGAGGGAAACUCCAUGUGGGCUGCGGAGGAAGAGCACAAGGCGCUAGCUGAUGCAUUCAGCAAGCAGAGAACUGCCCGUAUUCUGACCAGCAUUCCUCAGGCAAUUCCGUUUGAUUGUCCUGUGAAGCUUUUUGAUGCCUUGCUUUGUUCAGACAAAGAGAAAACACAAAGCAAGAAUGAAGAGAGGCGAGACACUUGGUUGUGGCCGGGGAUAAUGCUGUGGGAGAAACGCUGCUGCCUUGGUUGGGAUCCGGAUUCCGCGCUUUGUGCCACUACAGCUGUUACUGUGGAAGACGCCGCUUUGCCGUUCAAUAAGCGUCGAUUCGGGCAUGUUGCUGCUGCUGGCGGUAUGGGCUUGGUCCUCAAAACAGAGCUGAGUAUGGUAAAAGACUAUUGCCGUAUCCGUCCUUCAGCCGUCAACAAAGGUGACAAUGAAAGCAAAGCCGGCGUUGACACCAAAGGCUUGGAAAUGGCCAAUACGUUGGGGCUACAAGUACACCUUAGUGAUUUUGCAUUGGAAGGUCUGAGGACUCUAGUAUAA